AUGCGGCUUUUCACCGGCAUCGCGCGAGCUUUUCAGCUCCUUUCCACUAUCGUCGUUCUCGGUCUUUCGGUUUCCCUUGCUAGAGCUCAAGGUCAUGGCAGUGUCCCAGCCCAAACUGGAUAUGCGGCCCUCGCCGGUGCACUUGGUGUCCUCGUUUCACUAGUCGGUAUUGCAGCUCUAUUCGUCGAGAAUUUGAGCGGGAUCAUUGCGUGGGCAUUAGACGCCUUUGCUUCCGUUGCGCUCCUGGUUGGCGGAAUUCUUCAUACAGUGGUCCGCUCUGGGGCGAACCCAUUUCCAUCCCGUGUCCCAAAGGAUGCCCGUGGCGUAAAGCCUAAGGCAAAAACGGCCACAGACUCACCAACGCGCGAUGAGGCAGUCACGGUUACAGACAAAUCAAUCCGCGAUCAGAUUAUCAUCGCCAAGAGCCUGGAAAGAGACCAUGAUAAGUGCCUAGUCAGCAAGCGGGGUCAACCGACGCUUGAGUCAGUCCAUAUUGUCCCAUUCAGGUUUAAUAAAUCAGAUAUGUCUAAGAGAAGCAUAUUCCAGACAUACUUCACGGUCUGGUGGGGCAGCGAGUGGGCCGAUAAAUUGGAGAGCCUGCUACAAAGUGACGACUCGGUCAUCAAUACUGAGUUUACGGCGAACAUGAUGACCUUGAGUCCAGGAGUCUACGCAUAUUGGUCAUAUCCAUUGAUUGUUUGCCCUUCGCCCGGUUUGUAUUAA